AUGCCUGCCCACAUCCCGAAUCGCAAGGAUGACAAGGGUGUUUCUUCCCCGUUGAGCCCAGCCGUGACUGGUAUCGACUAUCCUUCUGUUGACGACGCUUCUACCGAGCUGGACAUGUACAGGCAUCGUGGAAUGACUCGCGGGCUGUAUACUCAUCCCAAUAUCGCCGGGUCUUCUAUCGAAGAUGUCGAGCCUCCAGCGGACGCUCGAUCGCUUACCUUGGUGUGGGACUCCAUCCGCCAGGAAAAGGAAAAGAAGAUGGCGAAAGAGCGGCCAAAGGUCCAGUCUUUGGAGGAGGUCGUUCAGGAACUGUAUGCAGCCGACCAUGUGCCCAUGCAAAUACCACUCAUGGAGUCCCCCCCAAUAUCGGCUCCUAAGUCGGUUAGGAAACAGAAAUCAAUAUCAACUUUCCGUGAAUCCACGGACGGCCGCGCCAUAGUGGCCACUUUUGACCUUCCCGAGGUCGCGAAGCAGGACAUCCAUAUCAGCUUCCAACGCAACAAACUCGUCCUCACAUGGGAGAGCGGCGAGAUCACCGAAUGGGAGGAAGAGGACGGUGUCGUUCUGCGCGAACAUGUCCGAAAGAUGUUCCACAGGACCCUACCCCUUCCAGAGGGAACCCGGUUCGAAGAAAUUCAUGCUCAAAUGACUAGCAAAGGCCUCAUUCUAAGAUACCCUAACAUGCGUUGCUACAGGGUUGACGCUCGCUCACGCUCCGGAGAUUCUUGA